CGCUACUAGUCGCUACUAGCCUCUACGAAAUCAACGCAAAUCUGACGCCAUGUUGAUGCGCAACUCAACACGGAUCGAAUUCCGGCUGGAGGAUGCACAGGAGUACAUCAGAACAAGAGAGGCGCAAAAACGUCCAGUUGGACAAACAGGACAUACCUGCACACUUCCACCAGUCCCUGGAGCCUCACCUGCCACGGACGAUGCAGCCGCCUUUCCGACGCCUCAGAGCUCCACAACGAUGUCACCCAUCGAUCGAGCAGCAUCGCUGGAUGCGGGGGAAGUCAAUGAGGCUCAGCAAAGCCGUACUGAGUCCUUGACCUUUGUUUGGAGUCCCAACGAGGAGGCUCCGCCGCAGCGUGAAAUGUCUGAGUCAGUGUCUGAUCGAUUUCAAGCGGAGGUAGAGCAGCUUGCAGUCCUUGGGAUUGAUGAGGAGGACGCCAGACGCGCUUUGCGGGCAACAGGGGGUGACCUGGAAGCAGCUGCAGAUCGUCUCCUGCUGUAGCUGCGAACAAGUCGUUGCGAGCGGAAAGGGAAAAUUUCCAGUCGCAGAGGAAACACUGGAA